GCUGCUGGCCAGUCGCUUUCAUUUGGCAUUGCAGUGGCGACAACGGCGGUGAGAGUUACUAAGGCUAGAAUGCCUUGACGAACUGGAUGUAUGGUUUCGAAAACCUUGUGAAAUUAUAAUAAUAAAGUGAAAAAGUGUGGAGCUCGUCUCGUUUCAGUAUCCCUUAAAUUUUUUCAUAGUACUAACGAUGAUGAAUUUUCAAAUUUGCCGUUGUUGUCUGCGUGAGAAUCCCGCGUAUUCCUAUUGUAUUUUCGACAAAAUUACGUUGAAUGAUGGCAAUAGCAAUGCUAAUUGCCUCGACCUCGACGGUAGUGAUAGUUUGCGUGCCGCCUUACUCACCUGUGCACCGAAUCUGCAUAUCGAGCACGACGACGGACUGCCCGAUGUGAUUUGUGAUCAUUGUUUGGUACGCUUGCGCGACGCCAUGGCAUUCCGACGGCUUUGUGAGGAAAGCGAACGUGAAUUGCAACGGCGUUAUGCGGAUACGGAACGUGCCAUAGAAGAGGCACUGCAUCACAUCAAUAUAAUGGAUACUAAGGCUCAACAAGACGCCGAAGGUGUGGGUUAUACGCUUGGUCUGCAAUUAACAGACGACUUGGGUCCCAAUGAACUUGCCAUGUUGGAUGAUCUCCUGCAAUUGGAAGAGCACAACAUCGGAACGCUGACGGUGAGUGAGCAGUGUACGUCAGUGGCGGAGAAAUCACCACCAUUAACGGGAUUCAUGCAUAGAGCCGUAAAGGAUAUGCGUUUAUUAAAUAAUGCGGCUACAAGGGAAUUGCAGAUGCAAAUACCUGUAGGAAACUUUGAACCGCAUAUAAAUGCACAAGCGCCAGUUAGUCCACAACACACCGAUAGUUCAGCCUCGAACACUGACAGCUCUCAGGAGAGCACGCCGAAAUCGUUACAUCCCUGCCCCGAAUGUGAGAAGAAAUUCACACGCAAAUUCCAACUCAAAUUACACAUGAUCUCCGUGCACAAGUUGGGCGAUGGCCUGCAAUACGAAUGCAAAGAUUGCUACAAAACGUUCGCUUCGCGGCACAGUCUUAGCUACCAUCAACGUUCGGUACACUCGGAUGAGCGUCCAUUUGCAUGCACGCACUGCGAUCGCCGCUUCGUUUUGCGCACACAACUCUCCUCACAUCUGCGCAUACACACCGGUGAAGCCAAACCGCGCAUCUUCCAGUGUCCGGUGUGUGACAAACGUUGGCCCACCAAAUCGGUCUUGCGCACCCACAUGCGCUCGCACGUCGUGACCCAAGAGCGUCCCUUUAAAUGUGAUCAAUGCGAGAAGGCGUUCUUUACACGCGGCCAUCUCAGCUCGCAUCUGCUGGUGCAUAGCGGUGAGAAGCCAUUCUCGUGCCCCACCUGCGGCAAAUCCUAUCAGUGUGUGGGGAAUCUGAACAAUCACAUGGCACGACAGCAUGACUUCGAACGCAGUUUGGCACGCAGUCGAAGUGUGACUGCUGAGAAUUCUGAAGUAUAGUUUCACAAUCCAUUAGUUUUAUACUCUCGCAGUUCAAAGCUCAAAGUAUACUAGCUUUGUUCGAACUAACGAUUUUUGGAAACAGCUAGAACUAAUCGAGAUAGUUAUAGGGAUUUAACAAAAAGAAUAGACCGACCUGACGUCGAGAGUUGAAUUACGGAUGUGUGUCUGGCUGUUGUCCGUCAACUAAAUUUGAUGCAUAACAUGAGCUCGAUAAUCUUAUAUUACGAUUUGGGAAUGAAGCCUACCACGCGUCCUAUUUAACAUAAUUUGUAUUUUCAUUGGAUGAUUUCACUUUUCAAUAUACAAAUCAAGCAUCAAGUAUACACAUUUUCACAAAAAGUGCCUUAUAGGUGGCAAUUCUAAUAUGAUCUUGGCAUUAGGGGUGAAAAUGGUGUCAAUAUUUCCCCUAGUUUGGUGCUAGAUUUAUUUUGAUAUAAAAAUCUCGGUAGAAUGAUUGUAAACCGUUCACAUUUUUAAAUAGAAAUGUUAGCCAAAAACUGAUAAUAUUGUCCAACAUUUGAUUGGGACUUGUAAACUGCGAGAGUAUAAAAUGUUCGGUUACAUCCGAACCUAGCACUUUCUUACUUGUUAUUAUUUUUAUUACUAUUAUUAUUGUUAUCAUACAAUUCUUAUUAUUCUUCUUACUAAUCGGUUUUUGUACUUACCAUAUUUUUAUACCAUUUGAGAAUUGUUUAUUUUCAAGUAUUAAAUGAAUUGAUUUUAAUUACAAAAUUACGUAUGUUGUAUUGUAGGUAGAAUUAACUAAAAUAAAAUUUUGGUUCUGAGAUGGGGGUUUUACUAUGUCUACCUUAUGCUUUUGGGUUCAAUUAAUCCGAAUCCGAAAACCAAUAUAGCGGACAUCUUUUGUUACAAAUUUAUCAGACUAGCUUGAAACUCGUAAUUGGGAUUCGAUCCUCAGACCUAUCGGAUAUGUAUAUAAAAUUUCAUAAAAAUCGGUCCAGCCAUUUCGGAGGAGUUUGUCACGGGAAUUGUAUAUAGAUUAUAAGACUGAUUUUGGUAUAAAUAUCUCAAGCAUGUAACUAUAAUAAAUAUUAAUGAAACUUUUUUUAUACUCUCGCCACAUGUUGUACAGAUUAUGGGCGUGGCGUCGUCCACUUUUGGGUCAAAAACCUAUUAAACAUAUUUCAGAAACUACUCGACCAAUUUCGAACAAAUUUACACAUUAGCACAUUUUCUUGACAACUUGUGUUACGGAUUGAAAAUCGGUUUAUAACCACGCCUACUUCCCAUAUAACUCAAUUUUGAAUUUAAUAUGAUGGGUCCAGGAGUUACUCCUCACAUACUGUAUUUAAAGACUUUCGAUAUUCUAGUGGACUUUACAACCGAGCGUAGUCAUUACUUUCUUGUUUAAAUUUAAUUUCACUAUUACUUGUUAUAAAGGUGUAAACAUAGGAACCCGCUUGAAAGCUACCGGAGCUCAUGGUGAAUCACAAUCGAGGUGUGAGGUCUGAUGGAAAGCCAGCAUCUGGGUAACUGUUUCCUUCAGACGGCCGAAUUAUUGACAGUACAACCUAAAUUAAGUUUUUAGGUCGUAGGUUAGCAUCUGUUAAUAGAUGAUUCCUUCCCAAUUCUAUCAAAUCAAUAGCAAACCCUUAUUGACCGCUAAUCCUGGCUUGUGCAGCGUCGCCAGGGUCGGUUGACAUUGUCGUUAGUGAACCACUUUUCAGCGAUUUAACAGUGUUUAGACCUGCGAUUCAGUCCUUGAGAUUUUUUACGUUAACUCACUAAACACUACUACUCACAUAUUGAGCUGAAUGGGUGUUAUCAUUAGGUAAGGUACCUGAUAUGAGGAAAUAUCUUAGGGAGUUCUCAUGAAUAUCAGGUGAGUUUAACUCCUGAAGUAUGAGUGUAGAUAGAAUUUUAAAAACGUACAAAAAGUUUAAAAGAGUACUCCGCUCCGCUUUUAAAUUGUACACACUGUAAAAGCCAAAAUUUACGGCGAUGUCGAUACUGCAGAGGGGUCAAAUAAUAAUGAAAAGAGAGACAUUCUUCUUCUUGACUGGUGUAGACAACGCUUACGCGGUUAUAGCCGAGUCCACAACAGCGCGCCACGCAUCUCUCAUUUUGGCAGUUUAACGCCCAUUGGUAAUACCAAGUGAAGACAGGUCCUUCUCCACUUGGUCCUUCCAUCGGAGUGGAGGCCACCCUCUUCCUCGGCUUCCACCAGCGGGGACUGCAUCGAAAACUUUCAGAGCUUUCGUCCAUACGAACAACAUCACAAGCUUUAAUACCAAAUAAUCAUAUUAGACUAGCGCCAACGUUACAUUCCUUUGUAAUUCCACUUUUCAAUAACAAUAAUACAAUAAAAAUUUAUAAUUUACGUCAAGAUUAGACAAAUUAUUUAUUUUAGUAUGACCUAUAUACUUUAAAUACUUUAUUACGGAUGCCUUCAUUUUAGAAUAGUAUUGGUUAUCCAUGCCAAGGAAUCUGUGACAUUUUCGAAUAUAAAUGGCACUGAUGUUAAACCGCCACAUCUACCACCAAAACCAAGAGAUACCAAACCAAUUUGUGUAUAAUGCCAUCCCCAGAAUCUGCCUAUAGGGUAUUUGGUUUUCCAAAAUAUUGGACUACCAGAAUCGCCUUGACAAGAUGCGGUAUGGUUUCUACCAGACUUAAUACAAAGCUUUGAACUGUCAAUCGUAUGAUAUGGGUAAAAGCCUUGGCAAACAUCUAAUGUUUCAGGUCUGAGAAUACCCUUCUGAAGAAUUUGAGCCUGGCUUCCUACAUGUGUAAAAUUAUUUUAGUAUUUAUUUCAUUAUUUGGUGCGUUCAAUUUUAUAACUUACCGUCAUUUGUUAGUCCCCAUCCAGCUAACACUAGGAUAUCUCUUGGUGACACAUUACAAUCACUUGGUGUUAUUGACAAACAAAUUGGUUUUAUAUUAUUGUAAGCUUAAGAAGUAAAAGAAGUUAAUUAUUAUUAUUGAAAACAAUCACGAUUUAGUUCUCAUAUUCUAUUACUUAAUUAAUAAGAAAUGAAACAGUUUACUUACCUUGAAAAUCUAUAGCCCUACCAAGUUUUAUCAAAGCAAGAUCUUUGUAUUUGGUCGAGUCAUCGUAGUCGGGAUGUAUAAAUGGUUUCUGUUGUGGAUCUAUACCAAAUUCAUCACAUCUUUGACAAAUCGCUGCUGAGCAAUCUAAUUCGGUUGACAAAUCAUGUUCGCCUAAACGCACUAAUUGUCUGCAAAAAAAAAAAAAAAUUAGAAGGAAACAGUAAAUUACAAUAUUAUUAUAUUGAAUAUACCGGUAUUAGUCGAACGUUGGUAUAUACUGAUUUUUACAGCAAACCACAUUAUAUUGAAAAUGUCAUGAGCACUUAGUUAUUAAAAAUAUCUCACUUUUUGAGAGAUAUAUUUGGUACAAAGUCUGUCAAAUUAGAGAAAAUCAUUAUAUUGUUUCGUUGUUAUCAAUUUUCAGCAUCAGACCACAUUAUUAUCAAGAAAUGAUGCUAACUUGUUGACUUUAUAAUAUCUCGCGUUUCGUAUAUUAAUUUUAUCAAGAAGUUUUUCACACUCCUAUUAAGAGUUUAAAAUAUGGUUUCAUGCACAAUAUUGGGUACUUACAAAUCGUCUCGAAUGCAGUGGCCAGCUGUCAAAACAAAUCGAUCGGUUAUAACGGAACCACCACACAGUGGUUUCUUUUCCGCAUAGAGUAGCAAAGCAGUCCACGGGUAUUCGCCCAGUUUAGCAUCAAUGCCAUUAGCCACGCGAUCAUUAUUUAAACUCCCACAUUUGUUUUGAUUGAGUAAAGCGAGUCCACGCGGAUUUAUGUAUUCCUUUUCCAGUAUUGAUGCAGGUGUCGUGGGUGCUGUAUAGACUCUUCUAGUUGUUGUUCGUGUUGUUGCUGGUGUCGUGGGUGUUGUGUAAA